UAACAAGUCCAGGUGCAUUCCCCAAGAAUCCUCCUGUCACUGUCAUUAACAGUCAUUCCCAUCCCCCGCCCUCUCUCUCUCUCUCUCUCUCUCUCGACCUUUGUCCGAGAUUCUCCGUCGCCGUCGAUGUUGCUGUUCCGGUGUCGCCAUUGCCAUACCAUCGAUUCUCUCCGCUCGCGGUUCUCUCUGUUCCCAGCCCUGACCGUGCGCCCCGGAGCUGAUACUGUCUUCCUCGGGUUAGGGUUUUAACCGAUUUCCUCCCCCCUGCAGAUAUGGACCUCACACACUCUCCAUCGAACCUCUCCCUAGGGUUUCUGCCUACUCCGUCUUCGCCUCCUCAUCGGAGCCAAAUCUCCGACGGGUCGGCGUCUUUGCAGCUCGAACCCAGCCGAUCGGUCCAGGCAGCAACCGCUCUGCAGUUGCUGGAUGCCGAGAACGGGGAUGACAACGACGACGAUUCCGAUGUCGAGGAGUUCCGGAUUCUCGGGCACUGCAUUAAGCGGAAGAGAGAAACCGAGUCAACGUCGUCUUCGUCGAGUUCGCAUCCUCCGAAGAGGGUCUCAGCUGGGGGCGAGCCGGACAUGGAGGCGAGGAGGGCGGCUGUGCGGUCGUGGGGGAGCCAAUCUAUCGAGUCCGCUGACCCCGACCUUUUCGAGAUCAUGGAGAAGGAGAAGAACCGGCAGGUGAAAGGAAUUGAAUUGAUCGCUUCUGAGAAUUUCGUGUGUAAGGCUGUGAUGGAAGCUCUCGGCAGCCAUUUGACCAACAAGUACUCUGAAGGGAUGCCUGGUGCUCGUUACUAUGGUGGAAAUCAGUUCAUUGAUGAGAUUGAAACCCUGUGUCAGCAGCGUGCCUUGGCGGCGUUCGGUUUAGAUCCUGAGAACUGGGGCGUCAAUGUUCAGCCCUACUCAUGCACUUCCGCGAAUUUUGCUGUGUACACGGGGUUGUUGCUUCCUGGUGAUCGUAUAAUGGGAUUGGAUACUCUCUCUGGAGGGAACACGAGUCACGGGUACUAUACGCCCAAUGGGAGGAAAGUGUCUGGGGCUUCCAUUUUCUUCGAGAGCUUGCCUUAUAAAGUGAACUCACAGACAGGUUAUAUUGAUUAUGAUAAACUUGAAGAGAGGGCAUUGGAUUUUCGUCCAAAGAUUCUUAUUUGUGGAGGGAGUUCAUAUCCUCGUGAAUGGGAUUACGCGAGGUUCAGGCAGAUUGCAGAUAAGUGUGGUGCGGUUCUUUUGUGUGACAUGGCUCAAACUAGUGGCCUUAUUGCAGCUAAGGAGUGUGUGAGUCCCUUUGACUACUGUGACAUUGUUACCUCAACGACUCAUAAAAGUCUUCGUGGUCCCAGAGGUGGUAUAAUCUUUUACAGAAGGGGUGCCAAACCAAGGAAAAGAGGAAUCCUAUUGUCUCAAGGAAUUGAAAGUGAGCAGUAUGAGUUGGAGGAGAAGAUAAACUUUGCUGUUUUUCCAUCACUUCAAGGCGGUCCACACAAUAAUCAUAUUGCUGCUCUUGCCAUAGCCUUAAAACAAGUGGCUACGCCAGAAUACAAGGAAUACAUGCAUCAAGUGAAGAUUAAUGCCCAGGCAUUAGCUUGCGCUUUGCUUAGAAGAAAAUGCAGGCUAAUAACUAAUGGCACAGACAACCAUUUGUUGCUUUGGGAUUUAAGACCUUUGGGAUUAUCUGGUAAGAAUUAUGAGAAGGUCUGCGAGAUGUGUCAUAUAACUCUCAAUAAAAUUGUCAUAUCUGGUGACAAUGGUACUAUAACCCCUGGAGGUGUCAGAAUUGGGACACCUGCUAUGACAACUAGAGGGUGUCUUGAGGGUGAUUUUGAGACAAUUGCCGACUUUCUCCUCAGAGCAGCACAAAUUGCUAGUGCGAUUCAGAGGGAGCACGGGAAGUUACAAAAGACUUUCUUGAAGGGUCUUCAGAGCAAUAAUAAGGAGAUAGUGGAUCUCCGUAAUCGCGUGGAAGCUUUUGCCGGUCAGUUUGCUAUGCCAGGUUUCGAUAUCUGAAUGGUUAACAUCCUGAAUCAGCAAAAUCUAACUGCUUGUCAGAGGGUUGCUCUUGCACAGACUGAUCUGACAGGAUAUGAUUCUGCAUGAGUGUCCAUAUAAACGCAGUGCGUGAUGGGAGGAGCUUACUUAUUCUGUGGGCAACUGUCCCUUUUGCUACAAAUCAUUUCUAGAUGUUAUCAGGUGUUGUCUGCUCGGUAGCAGAAGCAACUGCCUUGAAGGAUUUAGGUCAGGUGCGUGACUGUGGCUCAUGCCUGAAUUCCGAUUCUACUGCUUUGAAGCAUUUUUCUUGAUAUUCUGAUUGGGGGGAACCCUCUGUUUUGGGAGAGCCACAGGAUGCCUCGCCUUUCAGUGGAUCACAGGUUGUUGCCUACGUGGGGUUUCAUUAUUGGGUCAAUGUCUUUUGUUCGCUACUUGAUUGUUCAAAAUUUUUGUGCCGAUUGAUAAUUGUGAAACACCGAGGUCGUCCUAUUGUGUGUAUAAUGAUAAUUUUCUGUAGUUGAUCGAUAAUUAAUGUUAAUGUUCUGCAUAGUCGUCAUAAACAAGCAAGAUAUAUAUAUAUAUAUAUAUAUAUAUACACACACACAGCCCUUGUAAACUUGAAAUUUUGUUUAGCUGUAAUAUCAGUUCUCUUCUUUCUCAUGAUGUAAUCUAGAUGGGACAUGUUAAUAGCAAGAUGAGGUUUAUUA